AUGUCAACAGAAUUCAACAACAAAGUUGUUAUAGUAACAGGUUCCAGUGCUGGAUUGGGUGAAACUAUUGCCAUCUUGUUUGCCUCCAGAGGGGCCAAAGUCACGCUUUGUGGACGCGACGAAGGGAGGUUGCGAUAUGUGCUGGACAAAGUCGUAAAGGCCGGUGGUAAUAGGAAGGAUUCAUUUCUUGCAGUUCCCGGAGAUUUGACCGAAGCCAAAGUUCGAAAGGAAAUCAUUGACCGCACAAUUGAGAAGUUCCAUCGGCUGGACAUUGUAGUUGCCAAUGCUGGGGUUGUGGGAAAGAACAAUUUGUUUCUUGAAGAAACUGAAGACAAUUAUGACACAAUUCUCAACACCAACCUAAAGUCGGUGUUCUUUCUCAUUCAGCAAGCUGUACCACACCUGGAAAAGUCCAAAGGAAAUGUUGUCAACAUCUCCUCGAUUGCUUCACACCUGGUAUUUACACCUUUAAUGACCUACUCUUUAACAAAAGUAGCUCUUGAUCACCUCACAAAGUGUUUGGCCGUUGAACUGGGUCCAAAGGGGAUACGUGUGAAUUCAGUCAACCCUGGUUACUUUCAGACGCUAAUCUUCAGACAUGCAAAAGAUCCGAAACAAAUCAAUGAGCAAUUCGAGCUUAGCCAGAAGGACAUGCAACCACUGCAAGGAAGAAGAGGCGUUUCAGAAGAUGUGGCCGAAGCAGUAGCAUUUCUGGCAUCGGACGCUGCAGGUUUCAUCACCGGUGAGCUAGUUAAAGUUGAUGGCGGGAGAAAUUUCGUAGGCACUUCUACGUUUGCUUCACCGGGAAAAUAA